CUACCUAUAGUUCAGCUAGUACAAAAUGGUCGACGUGCCUUGACUGUAUGAUACAGAUUGGUAGAUACAACAUUUUGUUUCCUCAUGAAGGAAUUAGAUACAAUACACUACGUGUAAUAUUAAUGGAUUUAUAAAGAUUAUUGCAUUUCAGUAUCCGAUUUCGGAAAAAUUAAAUAAUCAUUUAAUCGUCGGAAAUAAAAGAGAUGGAAAAACGACAGGAAAUAUUGGCUCCGUUUUCCUCUGAUGAAUGUCCAAAUAGUGGGGAGGAUAGUGAAGAAGAUGUAAUAACUGAUUAUUUAGGAUCAUCGCAUUCUGAUUGCGAUCGUAUACCUAUUAUUAAUGGAGAUCUUGGCAGUUUAAAUUUACAUGGAAAUAUAAUUACUGAGACCGGCUACACCAAAGACAAUACAGAGAAAACGGCUAUUACAAUGUCUGAAGGGACUGAAAGAGAUGAACAGCAACAGCAGCAUUCGCUGCUUACACUUGGCACUAGUAGUCAAGCUCAGACUAAUCCGUUGGUACCAAUUAUUAGUGUCACACCUCAUUCACCUGGUCUUGCUAAAAACUACCCAGUUUUAGAGGACAACUUGCAGCAUCUGCAUGAAAUCCAUGAUUGUAUUCAGCGUAUGAGAGAUCUGACGCUGAGCAACUGGGGAUAUAAUCACCGCACAUCUCACAAUGAUGUACCUCAACGGUUAACUUCAUCAUGUCCUUCCCUAUGUCCUUUCAUUUCACCUGAAAUUGCACCACGCUCAAGCAAUAAUGAUACAGGAUCUGAUCCUGAUCUCCUUGCUAACUGUUCUACCAACAGCUCUCCCACACAUUUUCCAUCAGUAGGCCCUCGUUCACAGAAUGCACAAGGUAUAGACAGAAGACGCAGCUGGACUGACUUGGAAGACACUCGAUGUGGGCGUCGCAGAUAUUCUGGGCAAAAUCAUCUACAAGCACAAAACAUGCGACAACGCAGUAUUAGUUUAAGCAGUUUAGACAGUGAAAUGGAAAUAGAAUUACAUGGAAAAUCUUGUACUAGACCUGUAGGAGUUGCUAGUCGAGCAUGCAGAUCGCAAGCAAGUACUCAUUCUCUCAAUGAAGCUGAUCUUGUACAGAGCGAAUAUCAGAAGAUAGUUACAAAACGAUUCAAAGGUAGUCAAAGAUUAGCAGACAGCAGUGGUUUAAUGCCUGGUCUUACAGGUUCUCGUUUACCUCUUCAGAAAUCUAUUUCAACGCCUUCAAUUGUUACACCUCAAGUUAAUGCUCACUUGGCAGAAACUGUAACUAGAACAACACCGUCACUUACAGCCCGACGUGAAAGAAACGAAAAGGGUAGUGGAAGUGAAACUGAAACUGAGGAUCUUCACACUCCAAACAGCCAUGAAUUCCAUGAAGACAGAGAAGGCACUCCAAAUGCUCAGAUAUCCUUUGAUGAGUUACUGACGGAUGGAGUUGUAUAUGACGAUCAUCAAUCAGAAAAAACUAGAAGAAAACGAGGUUCUAUCUUUUUUCGUAAAAAAAAGGAUAAGAGUUCCAUCAAAUCUACAUCGAGCAUAUCCACAACUUCAAAUAGCUAUAAUGUUAAGAGAGGAUCUACCGCAUCAUUACCCCUACCAGCGUCCUCUGGAAGUGGAAGGGAAAUUAACAGCAAGAAAGCCGUGACAAGCUACAGUCCUUGGCGGCGAGUUGCUACUAAGCUCGGAGUCAAUCAAACAAUAAAUGAGGAGAAAGAUGGAGAUGGACAACAUCGUGAUAUAUCUAGUGGAUUAGAAGGAUUUGACUUUGGAGAUGACGCUUAUCAAUUCACAGUGGGCGAUCUGGAAGGUUUGGAUCCUGAAUUAGGCCUAGCUAAAGAAGAACCUGAUUCUUGGAGUGCUGCCAUUGGACAUAACGUUGCAUUACGAUUAGCUGAUAACUGUGAACGAAAAGUGAAAAGACAAGAACACAUUUAUGAAUUUGUACUUACGGAAAAACAUCACUGUUUGGUACUUCUCGCCAUGGAAAGAAUUUUUGCGGAAGGUCUGCGACGUCACUUUCGUUUGGGUCAAGCAGAUCUGGAACGCAUGUUCCCAAGACUACGCGAUCUCAUUGAUAUUCAUUUACGAUUUCUGCAAAAGUUACGUAAGAGGCAAAACACAAAUUCUAUUGUUCCUACAAUUGCUGAUAUAUUAGUGGAUCAAUUCUCUGGAGAGAAUGCGCAACGUAUGAAGAGUGCCUAUGGAGAAUUCUGUAGUCGUCACAGAGAUGCUGUUGAAGCUUAUAAGUAUUAUUUGCGUCAUGACCCUCGAUUUGCACGAUUCGUACGCCAAUGUCAGUCACAUCCUUUGCUGAAGAAGAAAGGAAUUCCUGAGUGCAUUCUAUUUGUUACUCAACGUUUAACAAAGUAUCCACUGCUCGUUGAGCCACUCAUAAAAACAGUUAUUGCACACGAAGAAGGUGAAGAUUUACGCAAAGCCCUGGUUCUUGUUAAAGAAAUCUUAGCAAAUGUAGAUGCAUGUGUUGCUGACAAGGAAAGAGAAGAUAGAAAAUUAGAAAUCUACAACAAGAUCGACGCAAAAUCUUUUGCAACAUAUCGUGGUGCCAAGUUCAAAAAAUCAGACAUCAUGGCAUUUAAUAGAAUCUUAAAAUUCGAAGGAACUGCAUAUUUAAUGCAAGGUCGUGGAAAAAUGACUGCCAUUGUAGUGGUUGUUCUUUCUGACAUAUUAUUUUUCUUGGCUGAGAGAGAUCAGAAGUAUGCAUUUUUUGUGCCUGACAAUAAGGCUGGUAUAGUAUCACUUCAAAAAUUACUAGUUCGUGAAAAAGCGGGUCAAGAGUCUAGAGGAAUUUAUUUAAUAAGUAGUAAUCCAGCUGAACCUGAGAUGUUCGAAUUGAAAAUUCAAAAACCGAAAGAUAAACAAUUAUGGAUACAAGCAAUUAGAUCAGCAGUUGAAGCCUGUCCACAAGAAUCUGAAAAUGAAACUGAUAUAUUAACUGAAAAUAAUAAUAAUAAUGAAUUAAGAGAUACACGUUCCUCUUCUAUAUCGUUACUUUCUGUUGAAGAAAGACAACGUUUAGUUAAAACUAAAGAGUUACAUGUUCUUAAGAUAGUUGGUGAACUGCGAAAAAAGGAUGCAGAACAGGCGUUAUUACUCGAAGAGAAAAUCAGCUUACAAAUGCAACUCUUACAUGCUGCUAAUAUUUGGAGUGGGAACGAAAGUAGUGAUAAUGAGAAAAUAGAAAAAACUGAUAAAGAAAUUGCAGAUUAUACAAGAUUAGUUCACAAUGAAGGAACAGAUACUACACAGUUACGACAAGAGGUGAUUGUUGCUGUACAAGAAGCAACAAAACUUGCUAGCUCAUUAUCUUUUACUGCGGGUGGCGCUACUCUUUCGAGAAGUUUAAGUUCUGCGGGAGAGCGACAUAGUGAGGCCUAUGUUCCGUCUGCUCUUUGUGUUCCUCGAAGAGCUGAGACAUUUGCGGGUUUUGAUCAUAACAAGGAAAAGUAUCCGUUACGAGAGUCUGCAAUUCAUUCUGUAAUUUCUCUUCCAAAGGUUAGUGAAUUUAUAAAAGAAGGUCUAGAAGAAAAAGGAAAUCAAGAUACAGAAAUAAAUAAAGAUCAACAAUGGGCAGCGAUUCGUCUGUCUCAUCAUGUCUAUAGGUUGGUCUGUAUAAUUAGUAAUCAGAUGACAACAAUUGAUAGUCUACAGGCUCAAUUAGCAGCAUGUAAAGAGGGUAGUAUGGGCAAAUCAAAUAAUAGACCUAAUCCAAAUCGCCAAUUAGAAGAAUUACGUAAUUUACAAGACAAGUUAAGUCGAGAGAAAGCAGCGUUUCACGCCGCAUCACAACAAGAACAAAAGCAGCUAGAAGAAGAACGAGCCGAAUUGGUAAGACAACGUGAACAAUUAGCAGCAAAACAGAGAGAUGUUACGCAGCAACGAGAUCAGCUAUACCGACGACUCGAGGCAUUAGAACGGCAAGGAUUGACAGUAGUUACAGGUUCUGCACCUAGUUCUACAACUAUUCACUUAUCACACUUGACGCAAGGAACUGAUACCACUGUGCAGACGCGGAAAGCACAGCCGGAUGCUAAAAGAAUACCAUUAAAUUUAAUUAGUGCUACUAAUCAGCAAAAAGUGCAAAGUAAUCUUCCAGUCAAGCAACAAUUGCCUCUAAAACUUGCUAGUGGAAGCAAUAAUAAUAGUAGAAGUGGAAGUACGAGUAAUAAUAGUCCAGAUCGACAUUCACGAACGGGAAGCAGCCCAGCAAUCGUAACUGGCUCUACGUAUUCUUCACCAGAAUUAGGAAACAAUCAUGCCGCUACAAGUCAAAGUCAUUCCUCAAAUCGUUCACUUAGAAUUACACGAUCUCCUCCGGAAUAUUCACAUCAGCAACAGCAUCAAAGAACGGAACAGCAGCAACCAUUGGAAGAAGAAGUCAUUUUUUUCUGACGUUUCUUUCGUUUUGGUCGGAAACAUUCUCGAUCUUCUCGUCCUGCAACUGGCGAAGCUACCCCGACUUCUACAUUAACUCCCUCUCGAAGCCAAUCAAAAGAUGCUCAACCUAGAAGUCGCGUAAAGUCAUUUUGACUUUCAACAUUUUCUCGGUAAGAUUUGCGUUAUUUUUAACGUUCUCUUCAUUAUUACAAUUAUCUUUAAUUCUUCCUUCUUCGUAUCGUGUUUAUGAUAAGCUCUUCCUCGACCACUUCUUUUCUUCUUCUUACUUGCCCGUAUCUUUUUUUCCUCUUUUCUUUUCUUAAAAAUUUUAUUAGUGUUGUACAUUGAAAUGCAACAUAGUAUAUAAGUGAUGCAUUUAUGGUGUCCAUAAUAACAGUAUGAUUGUCAAAUAAAAAAAAGGGAUAUACUAUAUUAUUCUCAAUGAAUUGAUAAAAGAUAGUGUUACUUUUCAACUGCUACUGAGGGCAAUAAUAUCAUUUUUAUGCAAAUUCUCACAGAACCUAUCAUAAAGGGAGAAUAACUAUAAAAUAUGUGAAGAAAUAAAGAGAUAAUGAUUAGUGCUCAGAAAUAUUUACGAAAAAAAAUAUGUUAAAAUGGCCGGCUUAGUGAAAUAGAUCAGCCGAUCUUGUUAAAUUCUUACUCGUUAUGUUAUUAAGCCGACUGACAGUUUUAGAAACAUGAUUUUAGACGAAUCUUUUAAGCAAAUCUGUUGCAGUUUGCUGAAAAUGCAAAAUAGAGAAAAUACAUUAUAUUAGGGUUGCAUAUACAGACAUAUAUACAUGAAUGUGUAUAUAUAUAUACUUUUUCAUGACAUAUGUAUGACAUCACUUGUACGUAUGUUGAGAAUGAGACUUGCGGAAGUAUAUUGUGCAUAUGAAUGAAAUAUUGAAUGUACGUUCGGAAGUAACAAUUUCAUUUUGCGGCACGUAUACGUGUAUAUGUAUUUGUACAUGUAUGUGUAUGAAUGUGUGAGCGCGGUAGCUAUUCUUAUACCAUAACUUUAAAAGUAUUUUAAUACGUGCUAAAACGACGGGUAAGAUCCACUGUUAACAAUAAUGCAUUGCUAUUAUGUGUGCCAAGCCACAGAUCGAAAUCGUUAAUUAUUUGAAUUUCAUUACAUCAUUCCUGUAAUGGGUAUAAAUCAUUUUUAAUUUAAUUGAAUCGAAAGCAAUUCAAGCAAUAUUUUAUAUUUGAUACUUUUCUUCGAGAUUAUUCACUGCCAUUAUCAUUAAUCUGUAAUCGUUUUCUCUUUUCUCCUUUUUUUAAUAACAUAUUUAUUGCAUUAUGUAAGAUCAGUGAUAAUUCUUGAUCGUUUAAACUAUUUUAUUUAUACUUUAUACGAGACUUUUUUGAUGAAAAGACUUAUUGAGUAUUUCGUGAAGAUGGAAAAGUUCCAGAGAAGUAUUAUACAAAGAUUGAUCAUACUGCACGUCUAAUUGUAAGAUGUUGGAUAAAAAGUAAUCUUGAAAAUGUGGCUGUAUAAUGUAGAUCGUCGUUAUAAGAUAAAAAAUUGUUUGUUUUGAUACGUACGUCUUGUUUAAAUUUUGCACGUAUUUACCUCAAAAGAUGCUGUAGCGUGCAAUAUGAUCGAAUAAAAGGACAGCGUCGUCGAAGCACGAUGAUAAAACACGUGACUAAUUAAUUUAUCUUCGUGAAGAAACAUAAGUAAUGCUAUCAACUUGUCUCAAUCAAUCGUGAUGACAAUAGUUCUUAAAAGUAUUUCCAUAAGAUGUAAAGCGUGAGAGAAAAAAAAAUAUAAUUGAAUUCUUACAAGUCUAUUAUUAAAACAAUGCCGAGUAUAUAUUAGCUCGCAAAUAAUAUUGUAUUAACCUGUUAGUAGCCUUCAUGGAUGGGUGUACGACUUCAUUUCAAAAACACUUAACACAAACUAAAAUAUUCUUAAUAUCAUAAUGCUCAUUAUGAAAAAAACAUAGAACAUAUGCGAAAAGUAAGUUUUAACACUGGAAUGUAAUUCCACGAAAUUAUUCCAAAUAGAUAUUACAAAUUAUAUAUUCUAUACAGGCAUAUAUAUAUAUAUACAUAUAAUUAUAUAUGUAUAUAUAGAUAUAUAAUUUAAUAUAUAUUAAAGAAUGUAUUCUUUAUAUACAUUAAGAACGUUGCACCAUGUCAAAUGUAACUUCAUGCUAUUAAAGUUUAUUGUUAUUAAAUAUUAUCCUUAUACAAUGAAGUCGCACACCAUCUUCAGGGUAACGCGAAGAAUCAAAUUGGGAUAACAACUAAGGAGUAGUGCGGCGGCCUACAUGCGUCUUGUGGCAUCUAAAAUAUUUGAGGUCACUGGACAGCAUAAGUUUAAGAGAGGAUAUAAAGAAUUAUUAGUAACGCGGUUUUCCACGUUUUAGUGAAUCUUUACGUCCCGGACGCUCAUGGGAAGUAUUUUUGUACGUUUACUCUGUACCUACUAUUUUACUCUAAAACUAUAUAUUACUGUUAUCAUUGUGAUACUCGCAGCUGCGAUCGUAUUUGGAAACGUUAAUAUAAAAUUACACCUAAUAAGUAAACGCGUAUUUGUUUUAUGACGCGUUCACUUGAUACAUCAGCAUUAAUUCUCUUAGAGUUUAACGAUUUUAAACUAAAGGCCGUUACGUCGGUUAUAUGCUAAUAUUAAUUGUUAUCAUUGUGUUAUUUGCUUGAUUACUUCAUCAAGAUUACCAUUUAUUCGCGAUACACUAAAUGCGUCUAUUCUAUAACAAAUGCACGUAAACUCUUAUUUUAAUAACUCCUUAUAUUGUAAAAUGAAAUGAUUUUUCCGGAAGGCGAUAUCCAUAGAAAUUAAUCUGUUACGUGGCAAGAGUAAACAAAUAUUUACGAUAUUUUUCUUCCUCUUUCAAUUCUAUACAAAUAUAUACAUACUGAUAUGUGAUUUACAUUCCUUAACGUUUAUAUAUAUACAUAUGCUACAUUUUUCGAUUGAUACAUGAAUCGCCGUUAAAUCAUUAAUCGCAUAAAGAAAUAAUAUCUAUUUAUUAUAAAUGUACAUACAACUGUUAUUGUAAUAAAGAAAAACGUGAGGGAAA